UUAAAAAACUGUGACAGUCUGUCAUUUAUUUCUCACACCUUCAUCUGUUGAGCCAUGACUGUGAGUUAUUAUUGGCUCCAGGGAGGACCUCCUUUCAGGUGUGUCUUAAGCUUAAACAAGCUCUGCUGUCUCUAUUUUGGUUAUUUGGCCUGACCUCAUUACAUGGACUAAGGCAGAACUAUUUUACCUACAUUUUUAAUGAAUUUGUCAGGACUCGCCAAAAGUUUUAUUUUGAAUUUUUAGCCCAAUUUCAAACAAGCCAGUGAAGUGGGAAAUGUUGACCACCGGUAAUCGGAAUGUUUCUGCUCCAAUUAACCAUGCUAUAUGUUCGGUCUGAACAAUGGAGUUCUUUUGGAGCAAAACGGAGCAAUCCCACGGGGAGCUGACGGCAUGCCGGGCAGGUUUUGAAUAUUUUCAGCAGAAGGUCGUCUCUCCAGGCACUCAGACUGGACUGAAGGUUGUGUUAGGGCUCGUGCAGAAGAAGAGUUGUCUCUGUUGACUGUUUUUAAACCUAUAAUUGCACAUAUGGGUCCUUCUAUUGUGGAAGCUGUGGAGGAUUUGAGGAACAUUCAGCAAUCCUUGUGGGAACUGCACCAGCUGCUCACAGACCUGCCCGAUGACAUGCUGGAGGACAGCAGAGACUGCUCCUCCCCUGAGCUGGAGGGCUCCACCUACAGCAAUAAAAACACCGGCAACAGCCCACAGUCACAGUGGAACCAACAGUGGUCCGAUCAUACCCACGCACAGAACUUUGAGGAUGAUUAUGAUGGAGGCCCGCACGCUGAUUAUGCCUACAAAGGUGGAGGAGCUCAUAUCAACCAGCAUCAAAGUCAAAAUCCGCCCUUGCCUCACACUUGGAAUCAGGAACAUCAGUUUGGACCGGAGGAUUAUGAAUACACGAACAGAUGUACAGAGAACGAGGAUUUCCCCAUUCAUUAUGAGCCGCAGUCAUACCCAGAAAGAACUGAAAAUCACAUGGAAUAUAAUGGAGGAGAGGACUACAUGGAUGAGCAGAACUCCAGAAACCCUUUUCAAAAUUUGAAAUCUGAGCUGGAGGAUCAGCUUGUAAAUCAGUAUAAGGUCAGCUACAACCCGCAGCAUCCCGCCCAUCUACCAAAGAUGUCCGCUCAGCAAGAAGGCCCAUAUGACCAUCUGCAAAGACAGCUCCUUGAUAAAACCCAACAAACUGCAGAUCAGGAGCAGAUUUCUCAGCUGCAGAUUUUGAACAAAGCUCAACAAAGACAGAUUGAAGACAUGGAGCGAAAGCUGGAGGAUUCACGCCGGAGUCUGAGAUACUUGGAGCAUCAGUUUGCAAUUAUCAAAGAUGAAAAGGACGGCCUGGCCGUCAGUCUGAAGGAAUCCAGUCGACUGGUUGAACAGGCCAAAGACAGAGAGGCUCAGAUGCAGAAAAAGCUAACAUCUGUGGAGCAGCAACUACAGACCCUCAGUGACAGAGACCAGGAGAACGUAAAGAAACUGAGGAUGGCAGACGCGGCCGUGGACAGCAUGAAGCAGCAGAUGCUGGAGCUUUGUCGCACUGAUACCCUCUCUAGAGUGCGGGAGCAACAUGACCGAGACAUCGCCAUCAUGAAGGAGCAGCACGAUGCCGCACUGCUAGUUCUGCAGCAGAAACUUGACUCGGCCUCUCAGGGUCUGAGCGAACAGAUUGAUGCUGGUCAGAGGUUACGGGAGCAGGUGAAGCUUCUGGAGCGCCAAAGAGAAGAAGAGCAGCUGGAGAGGGCCAGAGUCGUCAAUUCUCUUAGCCAGCGCCUGGAGGACAGCCAGCAGCAGUGUGGCAAGCUGCUUCAGACGAAUUCAGUCCAGGAGAUGAAGCAAAUGGAACUCAAGCUGCAGCAGGCUCAGUCCUCCAAAGCACUGAGCGAAAACAUGAACAAAGCUUUACAGGAGGACAUGGCCGACCUGAAGGAGCAGAUCACUCUGUAUGAAUCUGCUGUCAAGCAUGGGGUGGUGGCGUUAGACCUCAACAGUGAGUGGGACCACCAUCUGUCCGAAUCCUGUUUGGAUUUGGGAUUUAAGCAAUCAAAGCGGAAGAAUGGAGUCCUUCACAGUGUUGUGGCUCAGCAGCCAGAUUCCAAGCUGCCCAAGGACGAGGCUUUGAGGCUCCUGCGGGCGGAGAUGCAGCGCUGUCUGGGGUGCUUAAAGGGGAAGCGGCAGAAGAUCAGUCAGCUGCAGGAGGAACUCCAGCAGCGCCAGGCUCAAGUUCACCAGCUGCAGACGGAGUUAGAGGAAGCAAAGCUCAACUCUGCUGUGAAGGAAAGUCAGAUGAGGACUCUUGACACGCCUGGAGACUCUCAGAAGGAGCUGAUGAAGCUACAAGAAGAAAAGCAGCUCCUACAGGAGCAGGUGGAGCUUCUUGAAAAGCAAAAUAAGGAGCUGAAAGUGAGCGAAGAAAAAGUGAAGUGUGCCAACACAGAGCUGUGCACCAAAAUGAGGGAGAUGAUCCAGGAGCUGGACCAGGAAAAGCAAGAAGCAGCACAACGGUCUGAGCGGAUUAACCAGCAGUAUCGGGAUGAUGUGGUGAACCGGGUCAGAACCGAGCUCGAGCAGGAACACGACGCUCAGCUGAAACAGCUGACUGCACUUCACCAGGAACAGCUUCAGCAGCUGCAAAAGCAGCUGUCAGAAGUCAGUGAUAAGAUGCUAGCCGUGCAGGAGUGCUACAUAUCUGUCUGCAAGGAGAAGAGCUUGCUUGAGGAAAUGAUCAGCAACACUGAGAAGGAGAAGGAGAUUGAAAUCCAGCAGCAAGUGGACUCUCGUGUGGCUGUAGUCGAAGCUGAGUGGAGGGCGAAACUUCAAGAGAUUGAGAAAGCCUGGACUCAAAGGCUGAAGGCCUCUAAAGGAGAUCAACAGAGAGAGGCAGCUGAGCUGGCUUGUCAAACGGAUGAGACUGAGGCCAACGGUGUGAUGGUUUCUGCUGAAGAGCUGGACUCCAGACUCACUGCGCAGAAACAGCAGCUCCAACUGGAAGCUGAUAAAAUGCAACGCCAAGCUGUGGAGGACACCAGGAAACAAGUCCAGAGAGAGCUGCAAAAGAAGCACCUGCAGGACAUGGCAAAGCAGGUUGAAGGAGCAGUAACUCGUGCUUAUAACCGCUGGAUUGAGGAUCUGCCAUCUCUGCCUGAAUACAAAACCUGUCUGCAAGCAGAAAGGGAAAAGUGGGAAAUGUUGCAGGAAAAUCUCAUAAAACAAAGAGUGUCCCAGGCUCUGAAGGAUGCAGAGGAGCAGGGUACCAGGAACCUGCCGGAGCAGCACGGCUCUGGAGCCAGAGGAGUGGAGGAUCUCGAAGAGGAGCUGGCGGAUCUCAGGAGCCAGCUAGAAGAGGCAUCGACGGAGCAGGCCGCUCUGCUGAAAGCUGAGCUGGCUGCAGCAAGAGCUGCCUGGAACAGAGACAAACAGCAGGAGAUCUCCGUCCUCCAGGCCUGCAGCGAGCAGGCGUGCCAGUCCAAGCUGCAGGAGCAAAGCAAGAGGAUGGAGCAGGCUCUGCAGCAGGUCAGAGAGGAUGCUGAGCUCCAGAGGGAGGAGCUACUCCUACAGAUGGAGGCCAGACUCCAGCAGACUGUGAGGGCACGAGAGGAAGAGUGGAGACGCCAGUUCUCUGAGAGGAAGACGAUCCAGCAGAUGAGAGCAGAGUUCCUUGCAGAACUUCAGUGUGGACUAGCUGAAGUUCAUAAGCGACUCUUUGAGAGCACAAAAGCAGAUCAGGAAGGGACUGACGGCAGAAGAACCAGCGGAUCCACCUCAGAGGCGAUGAUACACAUCAUUGAAGCCUCUGUCAGAGAUGUGGUGAAUAGAGCCGUUUCAGAGGCCGGAAAGGAGUGGAAAAGGACGAGUGAGGAAAAACUAAGCCGAGCCCUAAAAGAAGCUCAAGAUCAGCAUAACAGAGAAAUCCACAGAGUCCAAAGUUCUUCAUCCCAGAGGAAGGAGCCGCCGCGCUGCAGCACAGAGUGCUCGGAAACGCUGAGCAAACUGCAGAAGAAGAACCAGGAGCUGCAGAGACACUUGGAGAAAGCCUGUCGCCAACUGCAGCACAGCAUCCGAGAUCACAAAAGAUCCACGCAGCAGCUGAAAGAUGAGCAUGAAAGAAAACUGCAACAGAUGUCAUCGGAUCAUCUGCAACAACUAGAGGAAGUGAAGAGAAACACAGAAACGUCUGGAAGUUCUGACCAACAAAGUCUUCAUCAAGGUCUAGAGGAGAUGAAGCAGCAGUAUCUGACCACCGUGGAGAAGAUCAGAGGAGACAUGUUGCGUUACCUCCAGGAGAGCCGUGAGCGUGCAGCAGAGAUGAUCCGUACUGAGGUGCAGCGGGAGAGGCAGAACACGGCCAGAAAGAUGCGGCACUAUUACCUGACCUGUCUGCAGGAGUUACUGGAGGACGGGGGCAAGACGACGGGAGCUGAAAAGAAAAUCAUGAAUGCUGCAAGCAAACUGGCGGCUAUGGCCAAAGUGCUGGAAACUCCAAUCAGAAAUAAAUCUGUAAAGAAGCACAGUUCACCAGCUGUGUCCACCGCCGUGUCUGGCAGCCAGCCGAGCAGAAGCACGGCUUUCAGGAAGAAGCCGUCAGCGAUAACGGAGCGUCCAGAGACGAGUGUGGAAGAAAGACCUCACGAGAAGACGACUUCUGCUGAUUGGAGACAGAAAACUACUGCUCCAGUUAAGACUCAAGCUGUAAGCUACCAGGACGGCCCUGCAUGUGAAGAAGGUUCAGAAUCCAGGCUGCCUCCACAGUCUCCACCCAAAGCGGCUUCUCAGUUCCACGUCGAUUUUGUGAACUUGUCUGUGAGUGGCAGAAACAUGGAGCUGUUCCUGCAGGGAGGAGAGGCAAGCAAAGAGGCAGCACGACGAUGGAAACCUUUUCUGGUCCAGGAGCCUCCUGUCAGAGAGGAGAAACCGACGGACUGGACUACGACGAGCUGUGGCGUCAAUCUCCCCAGACUGUCUGACUCUGGGAGGAGAGUCGAACCUGUGAAGCCUUUUUCUGUGUCCGCCGUCAGAGAGGCGGGAGAGCUGGACAGCCUCACCUCAGACUCGUCCCACCUAACAGUUUAUAACGAGAUGCCCAGGAAGCCCGAAACCUUCACCCACGCAAAGAAAAGUGCUCACCGAGAGCCGACGCCGGGAUCAGAACGCGAGGGAGAUUGUUCCGGACCGUUGUUCUCCGAGCUGAGACAGCGGCAACAAGACAGCGGCUUUGACAGUCCGCUCUACCAGCAAAGAGGAGCAAAGGACAGGCAGGUGUGAAGGACGGAGAUUCAACUAACCUAAAGCUGAAACAUCACUUCUUUUACACGGUAAACAGACUUUUCGAUGACUGCUUUUGGAAUAUUUUUUUUUUUUUAAUUAAAGGGUCAGAUCACGUUUAUGUUUUUGAAAUUUAAAGCUGCAAACAGCCACUUCUUCCUAUAGUUAACUGGAUUAUAAAAAAACUUCACUUUCAAGUUUUACAUUCAUAAAACUGUUUCUGUAUUGAUUGUCAAACUGUCUGAAAGCAGAUAGUUUUUUUUAUCUCCAAAAAAUUCACUAUAAGGUUUUCUUCAACCUGUUAUUUCAAGACUUGUGUUGAGUUUCACACCUGACAUAUUUAUGUGUCGAUGUGUGUGGGUUUUGCACCUUACUCAAAAAGUGAACGUUCUUCAGUCGAAAUACUCUAUUUUUGUUCAAAUCGAAACAGCUGGUGUUCCUGCUGCUCUUUAUGAAUGUUAGUUUUUGCCACAACAUUGUUUUUAUUAACUGUUUUUUCAUGCUGGAUGAUGUCAGGUUUAUUAUUUAUACCUGUGUAGCAUUUUCAGUAUUUGUGUUGUUGUAAAUGUUUGUAAUAAGUCCAUAAGAUAUGCUGUGCAUAUCUUGUCUUUUUUUUAAUAAAUUCUAUUUAUAUUU